AUGGCUGCGAACGGCACCACCAACGGCACCCAUGGUGCUCAAAGCAAUAACAGCAAAUUCGACCCCAACUUCACAAAGCAUGUUAUUGAUCUUAUGAGCUCCGAAACAAAACCCAGACACAGAGAAAUCCUCACAUCUUUGAUCACACACUUGCACGACUUCUGCCGAGAUGUUGAGCUCACGCAAGACGAAUGGAUCAUUGGUGUCAACUAUGUAAAUGCCAUUGGUCAAGCUUACAAGAAGAACCGAAAUGAAGCAUGGAGAGUAUGCGAUAUUCUAGGUGUCGAGUCUCUCGUCGAUGAGAUCAACCACAAGAUCGUCAACGACAAGGGCCUUGAGCCGACCUCAUCAACCAUUCUGGGACCAUUUUGGUCUCCUGAGACACCAUUCAGGGACCUUGGUGCUAGUGUAGUGUUAAACAUGCCCAGCGAUGGACAGUUGACCUACUUCCACGGUGUCAUCAAGGAUGUUGAGACCGGAAAGGGAAUUGCGGGCGCUGUCUUCGACAUGUGGCAAGCUAGCACCAAUGGCAAAUACGACGUAUUCGACCCUGAGAACCAAACGCGCCACAACCUUCGAGGAAAGUUCCGCACUGAUGAGGACGGCAAGUUCUGGUUCUACUGCCUCAAGCCUACCGAGUACCCCAUCGACACCACCGGCCCCUCAGCCGAUCUGUUGAAGGUGAUGGGCCGUCACCCCAUGCGCCCUGGUCACAUUCACUGCAUGGUCACUCAUCCCGACUUCGUUGGUGUCACAGCUCAGCUGUACUCGAGGGACGACAAAUACCUGGAGACGGAUACUGUUUCUGCAGUCAAGGAUGAUCUGAUCCUAGAUUUUGUACCCAUUGAGAAGGACUCCAACGGCGCCAUCCUUGAGGUCCAGUACGACAUCAAGCUCAUCUCCAAGAAGUACAAGCCAGACUCGACUAUGUUGAUGUCGAAUGCAAACCAGGACAACUUCAAGGAGCAGGCACUAGAGAAGCCUGAAUAA